AUGAUCCCCUCCGAGCUGUCGCAGUCUGCUCUCCCUGUCGCCUGGCAGCUGCUCGACGAUGAGGCUGUCGAACGCGCCAAGAGGGAGAACAAACUGAUCUUUCUGAACAUUGGCUUCAAAGGCCUGCCACUGUGCGUGCUCGACCCCACCAUCCCAUCCCAUCCCUCCCUGCCUCCUGCCGCAGCUGAACAUGCUGGUCUUUGCAACUGCCGCCUGACAGCCAUCGACUCCUUCUCCCAUCCCGAAUGUGCCUCGCUCCUCAACGAGGCCUUUGUGCCUGUUAUCGUGGACCGCGAAGAGCGACCCGAUCUCGAUACCAUCUACAUGAACUAUGUCCAGGCCGUCAACGGUGCAGGCGGCUGGCCCCUCAACCUCUUCCUGACACCCGAGCUCGAACCCGUCUUUGGCGGCACCUACUGGCCUGGUCCAGGCGCACAUACCAAGACGGGGCCCGAGGAAGAGGAGGGUGUUGACUUUCUGGCCAUCCUCAAGAACCUGAGGAAGGUCUGGCAGGAGCAGGAGCCUCGGUGCCGCCAGGAAGCCAAGGAGGUCCUCUCCAAGCUGCGCGAGUUCGCCGCCGAGGGCACACUGGGCACACGUAGCACGGUCCAAAUGAGCAAGAUCGGCCUGACAUCCUCGUCUACCGCCCCUGUCGCUUCGGCUGUCUCGACGGAGAACCCAGGUGCUGGAAAGACGGCCGCCGAUGUCUCGAGCGAACUCGACCUCGACCAGCUCGAAGAGGCCUACUCCCACAUUGCUGGCACCUUUGAUCCGGUCUAUGGUGGCUUCGGUCUGGCACCCAAGUUCCCUGUGCCCGCGAAACUGUCCUUCUUGCUGCGCUUGCCGCAUUACCUGCAUCCGGUCCAGGAUGUCGUGGGCCCGACCGAAUGUGCACACGCUACAGAAAUGGCCUUGUUCACCCUUCGAAAGAUCCGUGACAGCGGCCUGCGUGACCAUGUUGGUGGUUGCGGUUUCGCGAGAUACUCCAUCACUCCGGACUGGAGCAUUCCCCACUUUGAAAAGCUAACCUCGGACAAUGCUCUCCUGCUGGGCCUGUAUCUUGAUGCCUGGCUUAUCAGCAACGGAGACAAGGAUGGUGAACUCUAUGAUGUCGUCGUUGAGCUCGCGGACUACUUCUCGAGCCCGCCGAUGCGCCUUCCCGGAGGUGGAUUUGCUUCCAGUGAGGCCGCCGACUCCUACUACAGGCGUGGCGACACUGAUGUUCGCGAGGGCGCUUUCCACCUGUGGACACGCAAGGAGUUUGAUGCUGUGAUUGGCGACGAGCAUGAGGCGACGAUUGCCGCUACGUACUGGAACAUUUUGGAGCACGGCAACGUGGAGCCCGACCAAGAUCCGAACGACGAGUUCAUGAACCAGAACAUACCCCGCGUGCUGAAGGAGCAGAGCGAAAUCGGCAAGCAGUUUGGCAUCAGCGGGGAGGAAGUUGCCCGUGUCAUUGCGUCGGCGAAAGCCAAGCUCAAGGCGCAUCGUGGUCGGGAACGUGUCCGCCCUGAGCUUGAUGAUAAGAUUAUUUCCGGUUGGAACGGCCUCGUCAUCUCUGCGCUCGCAAGGACAGGCGCUGCGCUGGCAGUCAAGGACGCCGCGAAGAGCGCGCAGUACCUGGGCGCUGCCAUCCAGUCAGCUGAAUUUGUGCGAGCGCAGCUGUGGGACGAAAAAGAGAAGACGCUAUACAAGGUGUUCCGCGGCACUCGGGGCUCUACAAAGGCAUUUGCCGAGGACUAUGCGUACUUUAUCGAGGGCCUCAUCGACUUGUACGAGGCUACAGGCGAGGAAAACUGCAUUGCGUUCGCCGACGAGCUUCAACAAACACAGAUUAAGCUCUUCUAUGACGCCUCGGCUCCAACAACUUCGGCCAGCCCCAACCCUCUACCGGCUCACUCAUCGUGCGGCGCCUUCUUCGCUACGACCGAAGAUGCAAAGCACACCAUUCUCCGCCUCAAGGAUGGCAUGGACACCGCCUUCCCCUCCAACAACGCCGUCUCCGUGUCCAACCUCUUCCGCCUCGGUGUCGCUCUCGCCACCGAAACCUACACCGCGCUGGCUCGCGAGACGCUCAACGCCUUUGAGGCUGAGAUCCUGCAGUACCCCUGGCUCUUCCCCGGACUCCUCUCCGGCGUGGUCAGCUCCCGCCUCGGCGGUCGCACAUAUAUCGUCGUACGAGACCCCUCUGGCGCCGACGACGAGACUGUGCGCAAGGUCUUUAUCAAACUGUACGGCGAGGCGCGCGGCGGCCUGCGCAACCUGAUCAUCGUCAAGGGCCCAGAUGACCUCGUCGUCAGGCGGAACCCGGCCCUCGCUGAACUGGUGGCUACUGGGAAGCCCGGGGCGUACGUCGUGGAGGGGGGUAAGUUCAGGCCAUGCGCCAAGGAGGAUGUGGAAUACUAG